CAUCUACUACUACUCAAGCAUACCUACACUUAUUUCCUUGUUCAUGUAUCGAUCGAUGACUUGAUGAUUGUGAUUGUGUGUAAUUUUAUAAUUGGAAAAACAAAAAACUUGAUCACUACAUCCACUUGAAACAUGAGGAGGAAUCGCUAUAGUCGGCAAUGGCUAGUCAAUAAAUACGAUGAUAAUGAUAAUAAUGAUCAUGAUGGUGCUAAUAAACAGACUGCCACGAGACAAAAUGAAAAUCAUCAAGCACCGAACUACAGCGCACACACUUUACGGCCUCAAGAAGCAAAUACAAAUGGUUCGGAAGCAUUUCAUCUCUUCAACAAACAUCUUCAGCAACAGACAAAUUUUCACACACACCCGCACCCUCAUCCGCAUGAUAGUAGUAAAAAUGAUUCGUUAUCGAAACGGAGGAGACAUUUAGAUUUAAAUAUACGUUGGCCUCUUAAUAAGUCCUGCAUCAACCAAAUACUAGAAGUAUUAUUAGCGUUAGUUUUAGUCAAUUGUCUAUUAUAUAGGCUAACGCAUUUGCCAUUGGCUUUGGCGGCCUAUGGGGAUUUACAACCGGCCAGAGGUUAUCAUCAUCAAGCCGAGGCGAGUGUUUUUAGCAGUAAUUUUCGACAUAGUGAAAGCUCAAUUUUAAACUCGAACGAGGACGAAGAAGAUUCAUACUUUCGACAGCCUCAUAAUAUUGGCGGUUCAGCCUUCGGCUACAAUGGCCUCCAGCUCCAACACAACUUGGACGACAAUUUGUUAAGAAGUCAAAAUUUCAAAAUUAGCCCGAAGCCCUGCUCUACGGGACGUAUUGAAGGAACCUGUAUGUUUGUCUGGGAGUGUAUAAAGUCCGAAGGCCGACAUGUUGGCAUGUGCGUCGAUUCAUUUAUGUUUGGCUCAUGCUGUGUUCACAACUACACCGAGAACAUAGUGCAGCAGAAUACAUUUUCAUAUACCAGACCCACCAAACCACUCGGUAUCGGUAGUAUGAAUCACAGGCCACGGCCGCCCCAACAUCCCCAUCGUCCUAGUAUCAGCGGUAUGACAACAAUAGAAAGACCACAUGGAGCCGGCACAUUGGUCAUAAGACCCUCGGGGCCACAUCAUCAAGGAGCGCUUAUAAAACCACAUCAUUCUAAGCCCCCAUAUGCAAGUACAGCUUUAUCGGCCUCAACAACAAGUACGACCUCAACCACCACAACAGAUGAUCCGUCCUUAUUGUGGACAUCGAAUUCCAUUUUGGGAGAUCUACAAUCAUCGGCUAGUAUUGCCUCAGCGACAACAAUUAAUCACCAGCAACAGCAACAACAACAUUGGCACUUGACGACCGAACCAAAUUUUAUUACAAAACCAAGGCCACCAGCAUGGGAUAAACCAUCAACACUGAGACCUAAACCGCCCAAGCCACCAAAGCCACCGAAACCCAGUAAAAAGCCUACAACGGCUCUCAAUUGGUUAACCCACCAACAACAACUGCAACAACAAUUAACACAAAAACCAUCAUUUAAUACGCAUUCGACCACAACGACAACGACGACUACGACCACUACAAAACCGAAGCCUUCCAAGAAUCCAGCUGAAUCAUUUUCAUCAACUGCUGCAACAACGACGUUAAUGAUGACGACAACAGCCACAAAAACAAAACCUCAGGUUGUUGCACAAAGUACUAAACCAACAUCAAAGCCAUCACCUAAUGCAACCAAACCCUAUACUAAACCUACCUCAAGCGUAAGCAGUAGUACAGCAAUAACAACAACAACAACGUCUACAACAUCAUCGUCAUCAACUUUACCAUCGACAUCAAUGUAUAUUCCUACAAAACCAUCAUCAACAACAACAACUUCUUCUACGACAUCUACAAAUUAUAGUCAAAAACCAACAACAGCAGCGGCGUCUAAGCCAACUACAACAACAGCUGUUUUUCCAACUAAAACAUCACAGAGACCAACAUCCUCUCAGCGACCUUCUACGACUACGACUACGACAACAACAACAACAUCCACAACUGCAGCGUCAUCAUCUCCGAACACGUUACCACCACAUCAUAAUCUCAGCUCAAUUGAAUCAAAUGAAAUUGGUGAUCACUUGGACAUUGAUAGCGCCACUAUUAAGACCAUAUCUGCCGCUCGUAGUGAAUGUGGAACACCCGUUUUAACGCGACCGGAAACACGCAUUGUAGGUGGUAAAAGUGCUGCGUUUGGACGUUGGCCUUGGCAGGUGUCAGUGCGUCGCACCUCUUUCUUUGGUUUUUCCAGUACACACCGAUGUGGUGGGGCUCUUAUAAAUGAAAAUUGGAUUGCAACAGCAGGACACUGUGUUGAUGAUUUAUUAAUUUCGCAAAUUCGCAUACGUGUGGGCGAGUACGAUUUCUCUCACGUCCAGGAACAAUUACCCUACAUUGAAAGAGGUGUUGCCAAAAAGGUUGUGCACCCAUUAUACAAUUUCUUUACAUAUGAAUAUGAUUUGGCUCUGGUUAAAUUAGAGCAACCACUAGAAUUUGCACCUCAUGUAAGUCCUAUAUGUCUACCGCAAACAGACAGUUUGCUAAUCGGCAUGAACGCGACAGUAACUGGUUGGGGUAGACUUAGCGAAGGAGGCACAUUGCCCUCUGUUUUACAAGAGGUUUCGGUACCAAUUGUUAGUAAUGACAAUUGCAAAAGUAUGUUCCUAAGAGCAGGAAGACAAGAAUUUAUACCGGAAAUAUUUUUAUGUGCUGGUUACGAGACUGGAGGACAAGAUUCUUGUCAAGGUGAUUCCGGUGGUCCUCUACAGGUAAAAUCUCAAGAUGGUCGUUAUUUUUUGGCUGGCAUUAUAUCGUGGGGAAUAGGCUGUGCUGAGGCCAACUUGCCUGGCGUUUGUACGCGUAUUUCAAAAUUCGUGCCUUGGAUUAUUGAAAAUGUAACGUGAUAAGCUUUCCACUAUCUAGCCACAAAUAUAAAAUAUUAUUAUUUUUAUUAUUAUUAUUAUUUUUAUUAUCAAUGAUUACUAUGAUUACUAAUCAAACGUGUAAAUAUCUAAAACUCAAUUGUUGAAAUAUUGUUUUAUUUUUAUUAUUUUUCUAAAAUUCUCAUUUAUUAUUCUUAUUUAAUUUACGUGUGAUUUUAUUUAUUUAUUAUAUGUAUUAAAAUGUAGUUAGACACAAUUAUUAUUGCUCAAUUAUGUAAUUCAAUUCUCAUCAAUGAAAUUCUAUUCAAAUUCUUCUCAAAUAAUUUAUAAAAAAAUUUAAAUCCAUUCCAGCUGUAUAUAGUAUUACAUAAAUACAUACAUACAUACUUACUAUACAUGAAUAUUAUGUAUUAUUAUUUAUAUAUGAAACAACAAAAAAAAACACUUGAGAGUCAUUUUUAGCUUAAAAUUCAAUUGUAAAGAAUUAUUGUAAUGUUUUCUAGUAUUAUUAAGUGAAUUUAUUUUUUAUUUAUAAAAAGGACCAUAAUAAUUAAAAUAAAAACAAAAAACAUAUAUUGUCUUGCCCAAAGAAGGAAAAAAACAAAAACAAGGAUUAUAAUUCAAUUAUAUAUCAAUAAAAAGUUUUUGAGUUAACAA